AUGGUGCGCAACGUGGAUGACCUUGAUUUCUGCCUGCCCUCGCACCCGCAGACCAUCCUGGAGGGUCUACGUUCCCUGUGCUCUCAGCCCAAAAUGGUGGAUGUGACGUUGAGCGCCGGGGGCCGGGACUUCCCUUGCCACCGCGGGGUCCUGGCCCUCUGCAGCGCCUACUUCGGCUGCAUGUUCUCAGGGGACUUUGCAGAGAGCAUCGAAGCCCGCGUGGAGCUCCACGAAGUCGAUCCAGAUAUUCUGGGAUCCCUGUUGGACUUUGCCUACACUGGGAAGCUGACCAUCAACCAGAGUAACGUGGAGGGUCUGAUCCGUACCUCCAGUCGGCUGCAGUUCCAGACCGUACGUGCGGUGUGCACGCGUUACCUUCAGCAUCAGAUCGACUCUACCAACUGCUUGGGCAUCUUGGAGUUUGGAGAAAUUCACGGUUGUCCAGAAGUCGUCGCCAAAGCGCGGGCUUUUCUUUUGGAGAACUUUGAGGUGGUCCAACUGGCUGAGGAAUUCCUGCUCCAGGAGAAGGACCGCCUGGUAUCCUGUCUGAGCCACGAGGGCCUGCAGAUCCGUUGCGAGCGCUCCCGUGUGGAAUCCGUUCUCAGGUGGGUAGGGCACCGGCGGGAGGCUCGGCUUGUCCACCUGCCGGAGCUGCUGGGCCUCUGCCGACUGGAGCUGCUCGACCCGGACUACCUAAGGGGGACCCUGAUGCAGGACGUUCUAGUCCAGGCCUCUGAUAGCUGCCGUGAGGCUGUUGAGAAGAUCCAUAUGGAGAAAAUGCACUUAUCUCCAGAACUUGGAGGCCAAGCGGAUACCCAAAGUCCGCAACCCAACCUGCAGGAGGUGCUGUUUGUCAUGGGCGGGCGCUCCCUGGACGACGACUCGGAUGAUGAUUCGGAUGACGAGGAUGGCGAGAGAGCAAGGGAGCGCAGAGCUCAAGCCAGGAAUUGUGCUUUCUACAACACCAAGACAAAACUGUGGCACGAGCUUCCAAAUUUCCCCAACCCCAACAAGUGGGGCUUCUCCAUGGUGUCACUGAAUAAUGACGUCUAUGUCACAGGGGGCUCUAGGGGCUCCAACACCAACACCUGGUCCACCACAGAGACAUGGAAGUACAUCACUAAGGAAGGGCGCUGGGUGACGGUGGCGCCCAUGCUCAGACCUCGGACCAACCACUCGUCGGCCACACUUAAUGGAGAAAUUUACGUCAUUGGGGGUACAACACUGGACCGUGUGGAGGUGGAGCGGUAUGACCCAUACCACAACACCUGGACUUCCACGUGUCCUGCCGUCAAGUACGUGACAAACUUCACAUGUACGGCAUGCCAGGGAAAGCUGUAUGUCAUCGGUUCCUGCGCCGUCAAGUACAACGCCUUGACCAUGCAGUGCUACAACCCCGUCAUAGACAGCUGGAUGACCAUUUGCUCGCCAUUCAUCCCCAAAUAUUUGUCUUCACCUCGCUCCGUGUGCAUGGAGGGAAACAUCUACCUGCUGGCGGACAACACCAAGAAAGUUUACUCCUACGAUCCUGACGCCAAUAUGUGGCAGAAGAUCCAACUGCUCCACAUGUUGCACGAGAACGGCGGCCUAGUGUCGCUGGACGGGAAACUCUUCGUGACGGGCGGCCACUGGAAGGGCAUGGAAGGUGACUAUGGUGUGGAGGUGGAGGUGUACAACAGGGCUUCUGACACCUGGGAAGUAGAGGGCUUCCUGCCCAGACUCUGGUUCUACAGCGGGGUCUCCACUAUUUUCCUCGACCCCGCCAACUGGCCUCGAGUCUUCCCUGCCGACGCCACGUAG